AUGUUCUCUCGUACUGGGAUUCUGAAAUUAGAGCCUCUCAUGCAUGAGAAGCUCAGUCUUUUGGAUUCCAAGAUCGAGAAGUUGUGUCAUAUCAAGGAGAUCGACAUAUAUAAUGCUUUUAGGCUUUUAACAUCAGAGGUUAUCAUGCAGUUUUCUUUCGCGAAGUCGGCCGAAAUGAUUAACGAACAUGAUGACAACUUUAACUCCCGGUUCACUGACGCUCUGACCGCCGCUGUUCAUAGCGUAUCCUACGCGUAUGAGAACCCAUUGGUUGGAUACAUUGGAAAAUGUUUGCCCGCUUGGAUUCUACGUAUAAUGAGUCCAGAAAUGAGUAAAGUUCUCGAUUUAGUGGAGGUAUGA